AUGAACGAAAAACUGCUUCUUCGAUUUUUAACCUAUAUAAUUUUUCGAUUUCUACAUUUGCUAUUAUUACUGGAAUCCGAUAUUUAUGCCCUUCUAUUACGGUUAUUUGAUAAGAAAAAUGAAAACGACGAGGUGGAGAUCUUCAACAUUUUUGCGAGAAUAAUUUUAUUUUCUCAAAAAAUCAAAAUUUUCAGACACCGAUUCGAUUCUACAGAUGCAACCAAGGAGUCGGAUUUCUUGUCAUUUCAUGAAAAAACGACACUUUUUGAGGAAAUUUGUGAAGAAGGCUGGCACAUCUACAGUAUCACGGAUCGCUACGUCUAUUUUGUGAAAAUCCAGCCCAUCACAGAGGACAAUUUUGAUAAGACCAUAUCAAUCGAAAAAUGCUCAAAGCUCUCGAAUUUUCUAUAUCAAAACGCGGAAAAAUUGGCACGAUGCCAACUUGAAACUUUUCAAAGAAUCACUAGGACCCUAUCGCCGUCCCGUGAGAAAAUUGUGAUUUUUCAUUCGGCACCGGGUUGCGGUGGGACUACUGUAGGCAAAUUGCUACAAAGUUGUGAUGGAUCGAAAAUUUCGUUGUUGGUUGUCGGCGAGCCACCAUUCCUGACCUCUCUGAGUCUUCUAUACAACAAAUUCUCCAUCGAAGACCUUCGAAACAUCUCAAAAUCCGUAAUUCGCUACUCAACGAUGCACCAAAAAUCCCAACAAACUCUAGUUUUUAAAUCUCGCUCUUCCAGCACGAAAAUUGUUCCAUUCAUACAUUCAUCACUUCCUUCCGUUCAACAUUUCUUCAUUACACGAAAAAAUUCCAAUGAUACCAUAUCCAGAUUACUUCUGAAGACCUCCACAGAAUUAAAUUAUUCGAUUUUCCGAUUUUUACUGAAAUUCGGACAUUUUUUGGAUAUUUCAUGGAUUUCCAGCUGGAAAGAUUUGGAGGCAGAGACUUUUCUGAGGGUUGGACCUAAAACGGACGUUGAAUUUUCAAUGUCUCAAGUUUUUGGAUCAAUUUUGAAUUAUCGAAGAAAUCGACAAUAUUUUGUGCCAGACAUGCCGUAUGUGGAAGAUUUGAUCUCCGACACCGCCAUCCACAUCCGUCCUCUUCUGGAUCUUUGUGAAAUUUCCGAUUUGGCAAUUCCAGAAUGCAUAGAAUGGAAGCGGAAUCAGGAGGAGCAAAUUCAACAAGUCUGGGAUACUGUAGAUUUGAAUCCAGAUGACGUGGCAAGAGUCGGGCAACUGGUGGACAUGUUGGAGCAAGAUGUCUUCUUUUCUUGA